AUGCACGCCAACAAAGAGGAGCCUUCUAGAACUCAUAGCCCAAGAUGCAACACUGGCCUAAAACAAGCUAUUGGCCCGAUAAACAGAGGCCCUGACGGAGACCCUCAACAAGCUCCCUCAGCAACUACAAGCGGUAAGUCCAUCUCACUCUUCAAUCAUACAAAUAGAGGAUGCCACAUUUGCGAUGGAACACAUGAGCCAAGGCAAUGCAUAACCCAAGAGGAUUCUUCCAGGGAGGUGAACUACAUGGGAGCUCAGAAUCGCCACAGAUUCCUAGGGUACAACCAAGGAGGACUGUCGGGAUUCAAACAAGGGAGGAAUUUUACACAGGGCUUAAGCUGGAGGAAUCAUCUAAGGAACCAAUUCAAGAAGGAGCAAAGAAGUCAACUUGUCCAGAAUUCCAACCAAGGGGUCGAUCUUUAUGAGAAGACUAGUAAGCUUGAGGAGACACUAAAUCAAUUCAUGCAGAUAUCCAUGCCCAACUAUAGGACCACAAAGUCAUCCAUGAAGAACUUGGAGAUACAAGUGGGACAAUUAGCCAAAGAAAUGGUUGAAAGACACACUAGCAGCUUUGGAGUCGACACGGAGAAGAACCCAAAGGAGGAAUGCAGGGUAGUGUUAACUAGAAGCAAGAGGAGAGUGCAAGAAGAAGAAGAAGAGAAAGCUGAAGGGGACCAAUCUGAGGAAGGAAGGGCAGACAAAGAAGAAGAGAAGGAGGAAGAAGAAGAGAAAAGGGAAGAAGAAGUGGAGAAGAAGGUAUUAACCUCUAAGACUAAAAGGGCUGGAGAUAACCAUGCCAUUUGGGGAAACCUUGCAGUAGAUGUUGCUCUACACCAAUUCAUGAAGGACAUCCUCACCAAGAAGGGGAAGUACAUUGAUAAUGAAAGCAUUGUGGUGGAAGGCAACUACAGUAUGGUGAUACAGAGGAAGCUGCCCAAGAAAUUUAAAGACCCCGAGAGCGUGACAAUCUCUUGCACCAUAGGGAACGAAUCAGUAGGGAAGGUCCUCAUUGACUUAGGGGCAAACAUCAACUUGAUGCCCCUAUCAAUGUGUAGAAGAAUUGGAAACCUGGAGAUAGACCUUACCAAGAUGACACUCCAGCUCGCAAAUCGAUCAAUCACUAGACCGUACAGGGUAGUAGAAGAUGUCCUCGUCAAAGUCCACUACUUUACCUUUCUGGUAGAUUUUGUCAUCAUGGACAUAGAAAAAGAUACAAAGAUUCCUCUUAUCUUAGGCAGACCCUUCAUGCUAACUGCCAACUGCAUGGUAGAUAUGGGGAAUGGUAAUAUGGAAAUGAGCAUUGAUGACCAAAAGGUAACCUUCAACCUUUUCGAAGCAAUUAAAUACCCAGAGGAAGAUAGGAGGUGCUUCAAGGUGGAGGAGGUCGAUAAAGAAGAUGUCAAGGGGACCAAUUUUGAAGAAUUGAAAAGCGAGAGUCCAUUCGAGAAGACCAAGGUGGAGCUGAAGAUCCUACCCAACCACCUAAAGUAUGUGUUCUUAGAGGAGAACGAGACCAAGCCUGUGGUGAUCAGCAAUGAGCUAACAGCAAAGGAAGAGAACAUGUUGGUGGAUGUCCUCAAAAGACACAAGGAGGCAAUAGGGUGGCACAUAUCUGAUCUAAAAGGAAUCAGCCCUGCCUACUGUAUGCACAAGAUAAUGAUGGAAGAAGACUAUAGACCAAUCAGACAGCCCUAG